AUCUCUCUUCCUUCUCGAACCACAGCGAACACCUCCUUUUAUUACUCUCUCUCUCUCUCUCCACCACCUCCUCCAGUCCUCCUCGUUCUGCCAUUCGCCCAAAUCGAGAGGGGGACAGCGAAUUAAAACCUCGCCGCCUCCAGUCCCCUCCCCCUCCACCUCGUCGCCGGCGAUGGCCGACGGCGAGGCCGGCGCGUACCGAGAGUUCAAGGCGCUGGCGGAGGCGGCGGACCGCAAGUUCGCGCGCGCGCGGGACCUGCCGCUCUACGGCGGCGGGGACCACCACAGCCGGAAGGCCUUCAAGGCGUACACGCGCCUGUGGCGCCUGCAGCAGGAGCGCCGCCGGGAGCUCGUCGCCGGCGGGCUCCGCCGCUGGGAGAUCGGCGAGGUCGCCUCGCGGAUCGGGCAGCUCUACUACGCGCGGUACCUCCGCACGGCCGAGCCGCGGUCGCUCGUCGGGGCCUACGUCUUCUACGAGGCUAUCUACAGCCGCGGGUACUUCGGCGCCACGGCGGGCGCGGAAGGCGGCGGCGGCGGCCGGCACCAGGCGCUCCUGAUCCGGUACAAGGAGCUGCGGUUCAUCGCGCGGUUCCUCGUCGUGGCCAUGCUGAUGCGGCGGGCUGAGGCUGUCGACCACCUCGCCGGGCGCCUUCGCGCGCUCGUUGAGGAGUCGAAGGCGGCGUACCCUAAAACCAACUUCAAGGAAUGGAAACAAGUGCUUCAAGAGCUUGGGAGAUUCUUGAAGGCUGACGGGGCAUACAAGGGAUCCAGAUCACUGAGAUAUGACAACUUGUUUGAUUCUUAUCCUUCAAAUCUUGCAUCUAUCGCACGAUUCCAUUCAAAAAGGGUGCUGAAACUGAAGGAAGCUGUAUUAACAAGCUAUCGCCGAAAUGAGGUCAAGUUCACAGAACUAACUUUGGACACAUUCAGAAUGCUACAGUGUUUGGAAUGGGAACCUACUGGAUCUUAUCAGAUCGCUGCCAAAGAACUUACAGAAAAUGGCACUGUAAGUGAUCAGAGCGGGCCCUCUGGUCUCAUUGAUAUUCACCUGUCUACAGAAAUCUCUGAUGGAAGUCUUCCUUCAAAUCCUCAAAAAGCAAUUAUAUAUCAUCCUACAGUUUCUCAUCUUUUAGCGGUACAGGUUCUUGCAACAAUCUGUGAGGAGCUUUCUCAAGAUAGCAUUCUACUCAUCUAUAUAUCAGCAUCAGGAUGUACCGAGCAGAAUAUGGCCAGCCAAAAGUAUGCCUCUAGCUCCUCAUCACAUGCAACGACUGCUUCUGCUUUCCCUAUUGAUAAGCCAAAUUCACAUAUGAGUUCUGAUAAUCAUCUAUGGCUUGGUCCCCGUGGAAGUGGAGGUCCGAACAAUCUUUAUCCUGAAGAUCUGAUUCCAUUUACAAGAUAUCCCCUGUUCCUUGUAAUCGAUAGCGAAAAUAGCCAUGCAUUCAAGGCCAUACAUAAUGCAGAGAAGGGAGAACCAGCUGCAUUAUUACUUUCUCCUAGGAUAUCAUCAGCCAUGCCUGGUGUAGAAUCCACGGGUCAUGGAAGCCAGUUUACAUACUUCCUCACUGCUCCAAUGCAAGCCUUCUGCCAACUAGCUGGAGUAACUUCUGACAUAGAUACCGAUACAUAUGCUAAUGCAGAGAACAUACUUUUUUCUGCUUUCGAAGAAUAUGAAGAAAUCCUCUGCACUUCUGUUGGGUUAAGUAAUGUCUGGGGACAAAUUUUACCUGAUCCAUUUCUCAGACGACUGAUUCUCAGGUUUAUCUUCUGUCGAGCAGUGCUCUUCUAUUUCCACCCCGAGGAGCAUGAACAACAUCUACCAACAUGCCUACCUAACCUCCCAGAGUCAGUCUCUCCAGCUGCGGAAGCUAUCAAAACUCCUAUCCUCCAGCUUGCAGAAAACCUUGUCGUCAGCAACCGGUUUCAUUUCCGGGAUUCCAGACACAACAAGAAAUGAUCAACAGCAAUGACCAUAGUUCAAGCCUUCUGUAGAUACCUCCUUGGUAAAUAUAGUCCAGCAAUUUGUUGAUUGUUUCGCAUUUAUACUGCCAAUGGAGGAUGAUUUGGCAUCAACAAGCUGCAGCAGCAGCAGCCUGGGCUGGGUGAAUUGAGUGGUGAUACAAAGAGUUUUGCCUGCUGCUUCAUCCCCAUUGUGCGUCUGUAUAAGUUUGUUUAGCUGUUCUCUGAUUUGCUUAGGCGUUUUAGGCGUGUAGGGGCUUGUCUUCAGUUUCUCUUGGGUUGUGUUAAGGAGAGGACAGUUUGUAAGCUGGAAGAGGCGUUUUUUUGGGUACUCUGGAAGGCAGAUUGUUUUGUAGGGUUGGUUAGCUCAGCAUAUUGACGGCAGUUUACGACUCCCAUCUUCUUCCA